AUGGCCGACGAAGCCCUCCCACGCCGCGACCCGGCGACCCUGCUCUCGUCCCUCCUCUCCCUGACCGAAGACGGCAUCGUGCCCCUCACGCGGCGCGGCGUGACGUCGGGCAGCAAGCUCUUCGGCGCGGCGAUCCUCUCCUCCGACACCCUGGAACCCCUCACCGUCGCCACGAACGACGAGCGCUCUUCCCCGCUGCUUCACGGCGAGAUCAACUGCAUCCAGCAGUUCUUCACGACGUCCUUCCCGGACCCCUCGACGCGCCCGGACCCGCGGACGGGCUGCGUCUUCUUCGCCACCCACGAGCCGUGCUCCCUCUGCCUCAGCGGCAUCGCCUGGUCGGGCUUCCGCGAGGUGUACUACCUCUUCACCUACGAAGACAGUCGCGACCUGUUCGCGAUCCCGCACGACAUCGCCAUCCUGGAGGAGGUCUUCCGCGUCCGGGCCGAGGGGGAGCGGGAUGAAGCGCUGGCGGCGAGGGCGCUGUACAAUCGCACGAACCGGUUCUUUACGGCGCGGAGCCUCGGGGAGCUGGUCGGGGAGCUGCCGGAGGGCGAGGAGCGGGCGCGGUGGGCGCGGGAGAUGGAGCGCGUCAAGGGACUGUACAACGCGCUAAGCGACACCUACCAGGAGGGGAAAAAGGCCGGCGCCGAGAGCUCUAGCGUGUGGAAGUAG